AUGAUAGAUGUUUUGGAAAUCAGUGGGAGAGAAAUCCUUAACACACCACUGUUGACAGUUCGUGAGGCAUCUGUGGAGGAUCUUCUCUUGGCAGAGCCAGAACCAGACCAUCCUGGGAAAUGCCAGGUCACGGGAGUCAUUCUGGGGGAUGGGAGCACAGUACAUGCUGGGAGCGUUAUCCUAACCACUGGUACAUUUCUGAGGGGUAUGGUCCUCAUCGGACUGGAGAUGCACCCAGCUGGGCGGCUGGGGGACCAGCCGGCCAUCGGGCUGGCUCAGACUCUGGAGAGACUGGGAUUUGCUGUGGGCAGGCUGAAGACUGGGACGCCGCCCCGGCUUGCCAAAGAUACGAUUGACUUCAGCGGUCUGGAGGAACGUGCAGCUGACAAUCCUCCGGUGCCGUUCAGCUUCCUCAGCGAGUCUGUGUGGAUCAAGCCAGAAGAUCAGCUGUCAUGUUUCCUGACUCGCACUACCCCAAAAGCCCAGCAAAUUAUCCAUGAUAACCUCCACCUGAACAACCAUAUAAGGGAGACAACAAGGGGCCCACGGUACUGUCCCUCUCUUGAAUCAAAGGUUCUGCGCUUCCCAAACCGAGAACAUCAGGUGUGGCUAGAGCCCGAAGGCUUGGAGUCCAAUGUCAUUUACCCCCAAGGCAUGUCGAUGACACUGCCACCUGAGCUCCAGGAGCAGGUGAUCAAAUCCGUCCCAGGCUUGGAAAAAGCUAAGAUGUUACAGCCAGGCUAUGGGGUGCAAUAUGAUUUUUUAGAUCCCCGUCAACUGACUGCUUCUCUUGAGUCUCGUCUUGUUCAGCGCCUCUUCUUUGCAGGCCAGGUAAAUGGCACUACAGGCUAUGAAGAAGCUGCAGCUCAGGGCGUGAUUGCUGGGAUCAAUGCUUGCCUACGGGUUCAUGGCAAGCCCCCUUUCAUUGUCAGUCGCACUGAAGGCUACGUUGGUGUCCUGAUCGAUGACCUGACCACCCUGGGCACCAGUGAGCCGUACCGGAUGUUCACCAGCCGCGUGGAGUUCCGCAUGUCCCUCCGGCCUGACAAUGCCGAUGCCAGGCUGACCCACAGAGGUUUUGAGGAAGCUGGGUGUGUGUCACAGCAGCGAUACGGACAAGCAGUUAAGAUGAGAGCUGCUUUAGAGGAUGGAAUUGCAACACUAAAAUCCCUUCAGUUCAGUAUAUCCAAAUGGUCCCAGUUAAUACCAGAAGUUCCCAUCAGUAGCAAUCGAAGGUCGCCUGUCAGUGCCUUUGACAUCCUUCAAUAUUCAGAGGCCAACAUGGAGGUUCUUGCAAGGGCUGUCCCAGAGCCCCUGGGAAAGCUUGCUCAAUGGAGAGAACUGGCAGAGAGAUUGAAAAUAGAAGCUGCUUAUGAGUGGUGUGUGGUCAAUCAACAGCAGGAAAUAGAAGAAGUGCGUCGCGAUGAAGCCCUCCAACUGCCAGAGGACCUAGAUUACUUUGCCAUUGAUGCGUCGCUCUCCACAGAGGUGCGGGAGAAACUGGACUCUAACCGUCCCCAGACGAUUGGUGCAGUCAGCCGCAUCCCUGGAAUUACACCAGCUGCUAUUGUUAACCUGCUAAGAUUUGUGAAAAGCAAUCACCAGAAGAUGGAAAAGCUAAAAGCAUUACCUCAGACUGGCAAGUAUUUACCAAGAAAAAUGUGCUCAGAGAAAACAACUUCCCAAAGACAGAUUUCAGCAGAGUUUUCUGAAGAGGAGCCAGAGAGUACCUUUGUUAAAACACCUUUGUAG